AGGGAAUAGUUUGCCUGAUUAUACCUUGUAAGCUUCAGCGCUUCAGCUGCCUGACGAUUUUUGGAUGCGGGAGGCUGAAAUUGAUAGAGAGCAAAGCUCCGAAUCUCUCCACUUUAAACUUUUCCGGAAGGCAAAACUAUCACUUGGAGAAGCUUUGCAAAUGAAGACAUUAAGCAUGUCGUAUUCAGAUGUUGUCUGUUAUGCUCGUACUGAGCUGCCGUCCAUUAUGCCAAAUCUUGGUGCUCUUACAUUAAGUUCCUGUGACGAGGUGGUCAAUACACCAAUGCUGCCUACCAAAUUCCUCUGCCUCAAGCACUUGACCAUUUGUUUGAGAUCAGGACACUCGCCAUAUGACUAUUUUUCUCUGGUUUCUUUCCUUGAAGCAUCUCCAUCCUUGGAGACUUUGAGCUUGGAUGUGUGGAAGAAACCUAUGAACCACGAAACGGUUUUUGGACAUUCCCCACAUUUGAGGCAGAUGACUGAAGAUCAGCAUUGCUAUCUCAAGAAUGUGAAGAUCAUGGGGUUUAGCUCUGCGAAGGGCUUGGUUGAGCUGACCUGUUAUAUCCUGAAGAACGCAGUAUUACUCGAGUGUCUUACAUUGGACACCAAUUAUGGUUGUACUAGCAGGUGUUCUGACAGCGGAUCUGGACGGUGCGGCUCCUUUGGCAACGGUCUAAGGGAAGCCCGUAGAGCGUUUCGGGCUAUUAGAACAUACAUUGAGGAUAAACUUCCUGCUAGAGUUAAGUUGACUGUUGUGGGGCCUUGUAGUCAAUGCCAUAAGUUGUCAUAA